UGUUAUGUAACUUCAGGAUGAAAACAAGUUCACCUUGCACUCGUCGCCCCCUCCUGGACACUCAGCUGUUCAAGUUCAACCUACAUGUUACCAGUGUCACUGCAACUGAAGGAACAGUACAAUACUGUACUUUUACUUUUACUUUAACAACAGUACUCGCGUAGUGUAUGUGGAGAUUGUAGUGCCAGAAUGAUGUUUACCGAUUGUCCAUCUAUGACUAAUGAGGAAAACUUGUUACUCCGAAACCAGCAUAUUGCGGAGUCAUGUGAGCUUCAUUUCAACAAUGAUCCCAUGAAGAUUGUUAGAUCAAAAGACCAAUACUUGUAUGAUGAAUUUGGCAACCAAUACCUUGAUUUUGUGUCCAGGAUUACAAAUGUGGGCCACUGCAACACAGCUGUAGUUGCUGCAGCAUGCAGUCAGAUGGCUCAGCUAGGAUUGGCAGUCGGAACUGAUGUGGUCAAGAUGCAGCAUCGCCUCGCGACUCUGCUGCUCGAGACUUUGCCUCCCAACUUCGAGGUUGUCCUCUUCACCAGCUCUGGUGCAGAAGCAAACGACCUUGCUCUUCAGAUGGCUCGCAACUACACCAACAGAAAAGACCUCGUGGUUGUGGACGGCUCAUUCCACGGCACUGGCAAUUUGCUAGCUGACAUCAGUCCUCGCGCCUUCAAGAUAUCUCCUGAAGGCAAGAAGCCGUGGGUUCAUGUAGUGCCAGUACCGGACAUGUACCGAGGUCCGUACACCAGCGACGACCCUGAGGCUGGAGAAAAGUACUUCCAGGAUGCCAAGAGAGUGCUGGAGCUUGUCUCCGUCAACAAUCAUGAGAUCGCUGGGUUCAUCUGUGAGCCGGUGAUGGUUGUGCAUGGGAUGGUGAUUCCUCCUCAUGACUGGCUGGGGAAGAUGUACAGCUACAUCAGGGAGCUCGGAGGCAUCGUAGUUGCAGAUGAGAUUCAGUGUGGGAUGGGUCGUACAGGAGAGACGUUCUGGGGAUUCCAGGGGCAGAACGCAGUGCCCGACAUACUGACUGUUGGCAAACCUCUGGGCAACGGGCAUCCUAUCGGGGCCGUCAUCACCUCCAGAAAGAUAGCUGCUACAAUCAAAAAUGCUGAACAAAUUUACAAAUGUGACCCAGUGGGUGCAGCCAUCGCUGCCACAGUGAUGACGGAGAUGAAAGACAGACAACUGAUGGAUAAUGCUCGAAGGUUGGGCAAUAUGAUGGCAGAAGGCUUCCAGUUACUGCAGAGGUCCCACCCCAUCAUCGGUGAUAUUAGGCACAAAGGGAUCGUUAUUGGAGUGGACAUUGUCUAUUCUAGCGAUUGUAUGAAACCUGCUACUGAAAUGGCUGAGGAAAUCAGCAAUGGCCUGAGAAAGGAGAGACUUCUCGUUGGAUGCGAGGGGGAGUACAAGAAUGUGUUGCUCUUCUUGCCAGCGUUGUGCAUCACGGAUAGCGAUGUUGAAUGCGUCAUAAAGACACUUGACCAGGUAUUGCGCUGCGUCGAGCUGUCAUAUAUGGACGACAUCUAUGACAUUAUCAACUCCCCUUCCCCUGGUGAAUUGGAACCUAGCACAAGUUUUGGAGUGCAGCCAUCACCAGACAAUCACAUUUUCAUAAGCACAUCUCAACACCCUUACGAUGCCUUGGACUGACAAUAGUUUUAACAACUAGUAUUAAUUUUUGACAUGCAUAAUAUUUUUGUGAUCUCCUUAAUUAACAUUGUAAAUACAUAUGGUUAUUUAAUACAUUUUUUAUGAGUUUCAAA